AGACAGUGGAGGACGGUGGACCCAAAGUCACAAACACAUCUCCUUCUUCCCACUCGGCUGUUCUGCUGUCCGCAUUCUUCUUUCCCCAAAUCAAAAGCAAGCCCUAGCCGCUGCUACCACUGUCUUCAAGGCUCAAGCCACUUCUGCCACCACCACUGCCGGCCUUCAAUUGAAGAGCCCUUUCUCUCCGACUCGCAGUUUGUUGGCCACUUCUGCCACCACCACUGCCGCCAUUUCUCUCCGACUCCCAGUUAGAAGCUACGGUAGGCAAAGCGAACAAUCUCCGACUCCCACCACUGCCGCUCUCUCCAACGCCCAUUUCAUCAGCUCUAUUGGUGGAGGGCCUCGCGAACAGGCAAAGCGAACAGGUUGUUGGGUUUAUCGCAUUUGGGGAGAAUCGUCCCUUCAAUCAAAAUCAUGGAGGGGUGGGAUCAGACGACGAAAUCAACGCUAACCCAGAUCCCAUUACUGACCACAAAAGCGGGUCCACGUGACGGGGCGGCGUGGACGCAGCGGCUGAAGGAGGAGUACAAGGCGCUGAUAGCUUAUACCUCGAUGAAUAAGUCCAAUGAUAACGAUUGGUUUCGGAUCUCCGCUGCUAACCCGGAAGGGACCCGGUGGACCGGCAAGUGUUGGUACGUUCACAACCUCCUCAAGUAUGAAUUCGACCUCCAGUUCGAUAUCCCGGUAACUUAUCCAGCUACAGCUCCCGAACUUGAGCUGCCUCAAUUGGAUGGCAAAACUCACAAGAUGUAUAGAGGUGGGAAGAUUUGCUUGACAGUGCAUUUCAAACCGCUAUGGGCAAAGAAUUGUCCUAGGUUCGGAAUAGCUCAUGCACUGUGUUUGGGCCUUGCACCAUGGCUUGCAGCAGAGAUUCCUAUACUUGUGGAUUCCGGCAUGAUUAAACACAAAGAUGAUGCUGCCUCUUCCAGUGAGGUUUAAUUACUUAAAAUUGUAUCCUAGAUGAGAUAGACUCGCUAUACAAGUUUUGGAGCUCUCAGCUUGGCCUAAUUAAAUAAAUGCCAUGCUGUAUUGAGAUUGUUGAUGAGGAGUCUUUGGAGAUGUACAAGUCAAUCAUAUAUGCUAACAGACUGGUUUGAGAGGCUUCAUCUGUGUUUUUUUUUAAAAUAUAUUUUUGGUAACAU